AUGCUUUUCCCUUUAAGGACGACGCGUUUUGUGUCGAGAUUACCUUUAACGUUUUCAAUUAUAAAAUCAUCUAUUAAAAUUAACAAUGCAAAGUAUUAUACUAAGACCCCAUUGAUGAAUAAUGGCAGAUCUUCCAAGAAUCCUUCAGUAAAUUAUGGAAUUACUGCUUCAGUGACCGCAUUCUUUCUUUUAUGCGGUGGAUUUCAUUUUUAUUACAAUAAUGAAAGUUUUCAACUUACCAGAAAAGUGGAAUGCAACGCUUCGAACAUACCUAUACGCGAUAGAAUGGAAGAAUACGUAAAAAUUUUACAACGUCGUAUCAUUAAAGAAAUCGAAUUGGUUGAUGGUAACAAAUUCAAAAUUGAUCGUUGGGAAAGACCUCAAGGUGGUGAGGGAAUUUCUUGUAUCUUGCAAGAUGGAAAAAUUUUUGAAAAAGCCGGUGUAAAUAUUUCAAUCGUUCAUGGGAAUUUACCUGAAUCAGCAAUACAGCAAAUGAGAUCUCGUAAUAAAGAUCUUGAUCCGUCAAAUGGACCUUAUCCAUUUUUCGUCGCAGGAAUUUCAAUAGUUAUGCAUCCACAUAACCCUUAUGCACCAACUAUACAUUUAAAUUAUAGAUAUUUUGAGAUCAAUAAUGCAAAUGGAACUAAAUUAUGGUGGUUCGGAGGUGGAUCCGAUUUAACACCUUCUUACCUUUUCGAGGAAGACGCAAUUCACUUUCAUAAAACAUUAAAGGAUGCAUGUGAUAAACAUGAUCCCUCAUAUUAUCCUGAAUUCAAGAAAUGGUGUGAUGAAUACUUUUAUUUAAAGCAUCGUAAUGAAUCACGAGGGGUUGGUGGUAUAUUCUUUGAUGAUUUAGACAGAAAACCUCAAGAAGAAACAUUUGCUUUUAUAAAGCAAUGUGGUGAUGCUUUUCUCCCUUCUUAUGUUCCGAUCAUUCAAAAGAGAAAAGAUAUGAAAUUUGGUGAAGAGGAGAAACAUUGGCAACAAUUACGAAGAGGAAGAUACGUUGAAUUUAAUCUUAUAUGGGAUCGUGGAACAAAGUUUGGAUUACAAACUCCGGGUGCAAGAAUCGAAAGUAUAUUUAUGUCAUUACCUCUAACUGCAAGAUGGGAAUAUAUGCAUAAACCCGAGAAAAAUAGUCGUGAAGAUAAUUUGAUGGAAGUGUUGAAAAAUCCGCGUGAUUGGGUAGCAUAG